CCCCCCGCAAUGUACCUGGGCAUGUGGUACGGAAUGUGAAGCUCACCUAAACUCCAAACGGGAGGAGGCUUGAAGACCACUGGAAGCCCCAUCCCGUCCCAUGGUAUCCAGGAAGUGAGGUAAUGGUGCGGCUCCCACCCCCUCAUUUCCGCUCGGCCGGGUAACCCCGGAAGCUGAGAGCGCCAGGCACCCGCCAAGAUGGCCGCGAAAUCCGAUGGUGUGGGGGUUACCGGUUUCGCCCAGCUGCAUAACCUGGACGAAUCGGUGACCGAGGGGGGUGACGAACAGCAGCUGGACGAGGGGCCGGAGGCCAGCAGUUCUUUCCACAUCUGCCACUGUUGCAACACCUCUUCGUGUUACUGGGGCUGCCGGAGCGCUUGCCUGAGGAGAUCGCUGUGCAACCUGAAAGCGGGGGACCAUCCCGUCUUGGACUGUCUCUGGAUCGUUAUCGCGCUACUCGUCUUUUUCUCGGACGUGGGUACCGAUCUCUGGCUGGCGGCUGACUAUUACCUGAAGCAGGACUACUGGUGGUUCGGCUUGACGCUCUUCUUCGUGCUGGUGCCGUCCGUCCUGGUGCAGAUCCUCAGCUUCAGGUGGUUCAUGCAGGAUUACGCCGGCGAGGGUCUCGGGGGUGUGGAGGGACUGAGCAGCAGGCGGCCCGGCGUCACCGGCUACAACCGCUGUUGCAGGACCUCGGUGUGGAUCUGGCAGUCGGUCAUUCACAUCCUGCAGUUGGGACAAGUGUGGAGAUAUAUCCGUACAAUGUACUUGGGCAUUCAGAGCAGGAGAAAGCACGAACACCAGCGCCGAUUUUACUGGGCCAUGAUGUACGAGUAUGCAGAUGUGAACAUGCUGCGCCUUCUAGAGACUUUCCUGGAGAGUGCGCCACAACUGGUGCUACAACUCUGCAUAAUGAUCCAGAAAAACCGGGCAGAAACCUUACCAUGUUUGUCCUCUAUGGCCUCCCUGAUGUCCCUUGCCUGGGUGCUAGCUUCAUACCACAAAUUGCUGCGGGACUCCAGGGAUGACAAAAAAAGCAUGAGCUACAGAGGUGCCCUAAUCCACAUCUUUUGGCGUUUGUUUACCAUAUCAUCCAGGGUCAUUUCGUUUGCAUUGUUUGCUUCUAUUUUUCAAUUAUAUUUUGGAAUAUUUGUAGUUGUGCACUGGUGUGCAAUGGCAUUCUGGAUCAUUCAUGGAGGAACAGAUUUCUGCAUGUCCAAGUGGGAGGAAAUUCUGUUCAAUAUGGUGAUAGGGAUCGUGUACAUAUUCUGCUGGUUUAAUGUCAAAGAAGGCCGGACACGAUAUCGAAUGUUUGCCUAUUAUACUGUAAUCUUGACAGAAAAUGCUGCCUUGACGUUUCUUUGGUAUCUUUACAGAGAUCCCACAACCACUGACUUUUAUGCCAUAACUGCACUGUGUACAGUUUUUAUUAGUUUUGUUGCUGGGGCAGCAUUCAUGUUCCUGUAUUAUGGUUUACUUCAUCCCAUGGGACCACGGACAAGGAUCCUUGCCAGUUCUUGCUGUACUGAACUCCUCUGGGGAAUCCCUCUGCCUCCAGAGCUGGAGGCCAUGGCAACAACGCCAGCAGCACCUAGAGGAUCCCAGACCACACCAACUAGAGUGGCAGGUGAUCAAGAGGAGGAGGAUGCAGCAGAGACCUGCCUGCCUGUAUUCCAAGUGCGACCCACAGUGCCACUUACACCAUCAGGCCGACCCUACCUACCAGAGGGACCAAUCAUCAAGAUUGACAUGCCAAGAAAAAGAUAUCCUGCCUGGGAUGCCCACUUUGUAGACAGAAGGCUGAGGAGAACUGUCAAUAUAUUACAGUAUGUAACUCCCACAUCUGUAGGUAUUAGAUAUAGAGAUGGGCCACUUGUAUAUGAGCUGCUACAGUAUGAAUCUUCACUUUAAAGCUUCACCCAUUGAUACUGACAAAAAAGUAAUUAUGUUUACGUCAGGCACUUAGACACUCUCAUACAACUCUGA